GCAGCCCGCAUGCCUCUGCCGCCACAGCCGGGGCCGCUCCGCAGCCACCGCUCCUGCGAGCCGCUUGCAGCGGGAUGAGAUGCAACUUCGGCUAAUUGGAUCACAGGAUUAAGUUGUAACUGGGUAUCUUGUUAUCAGAAGCAAAAUGAAUAACUCUACGUACAUAAACUCUUCCUCUGAAAAUGUGAUGGCCUUGGAGAGCCGCUAUAAAACUGUCGAGGUGGUGUUCAUCGUCCUGGUGGCAGGGUCACUCAGCCUAGUCACCAUAAUUGGGAACAUCCUGGUCAUGGUGUCAAUCAAAGUCAACAGGCACCUCCAGACUGUCAACAAUUAUUUCCUGUUCAGCCUGGCCUGCGCUGACUUGAUCAUCGGUAUCUUUUCCAUGAACCUGUACACCCUCUACACUGUGAUAGGCUACUGGCCCUUGGGGCCCGUGGUGUGUGACCUCUGGCUGGCUCUUGACUAUGUGGUCAGCAAUGCCUCUGUAAUGAACCUGCUCAUUAUCAGCUUUGACAGGUACUUUUGUGUCACCAAGCCCCUGACAUAUCCCGUGAAGCGGACCACGAAGAUGGCCGGCAUGAUGAUCGCAGCUGCCUGGGUGCUGUCCUUCAUCCUCUGGGCCCCUGCAAUUCUCUUCUGGCAAUUCAUUGUGGGAGGAAGGACUGUCCCAGAUGGGGACUGCUACAUCCAGUUUUUUUCCAACACUGCUGUCACUUUUGGCACUGCCAUUGCAGCCUUCUAUUUGCCUGUUAUCAUCAUGACUGUCCUUUACUGGCAAAUCUCUCGAGCCAGUAAGAGUCGGAUAAAGAAAGGAAAAAAGGAAGCUGCCCAAAACCAAGAAACAGUUUCCCCCAGCCUUGUCCAAGGUAAAAUAGUGAAACCAAACAAUAACAAUAUCUCAACCAGCGGGGAUGGGUUGGAGCACAGCAAAAUUCAGAAUGGAAAAACCAGUGAAGAGACUGUGACCAAUAACUGUGUUCAAGGUGAGAAGGAGAGCUCCAACGACUCCACCUCCAUCAGUGUGGUCGCUUCCAACUUGAAAGAGGAUGAAGCUACCAAAGAUGCCAGACAGGCUUCUACCUCCCAAGACCAUGUCAAAGCAGAGAAUUCCAAGCUGACAUGCAUCAGGAUAGUCACCAAGUCCCAAAAGGGGGACUGCUGUGCUCCUACCAACACUACCGUGGAGAUCGUAGGCACGAACAGGGAGGAGAAGCAGAACAGCGUAGCCCGGAAAAUCGUCAAGAUGACAAAGCAGCCAGCCAAAAAGAAACCACCCCCUUCUAGAGAGAAAAAGGUGACAAGGACGAUUUUGGCCAUCCUCCUGGCCUUCAUCAUCACCUGGACCCCAUACAAUGUGAUGGUGCUCAUCAACAGCUUCUGCACCUCCUGCAUCCCUGGCACCGUAUGGACCCUCGGUUACUGGCUCUGUUACAUCAACAGCACCGUCAACCCCGCCUGCUACGCGCUCUGCAACGCCACCUUCAAGAAGACCUUUAAGGACCUUCUUAUGUGUCAGUACAAGAAUAUAGGAGCUACAAGGUAAAAAUAAUAAUGAAAAUAAUUAUGGAAAGGGUGAAGAAGUUCCAAAUUAAAUUUAAAAAAAAACCUUGAUGCUACAGCACUUUAUGGUCUUCUAUGGAAUGUGCAAUCCAGUAUGUUAGUGGAAAUACUGAUAAGGGGCGUCAGCUGUACCCCUGAGGACUACACUUUAAAACAUUUUUUUAAUAAAUGAAAAUAAAUAUUUAGGACACGGGGAUGUUUGAGAAAUUAUUCAAGUAUGUGGACUGGAGGCACAGUUCCUUACUUUCUGAGAGUAUUCUGCAGAAGGGCUUUAAAGUCUAUGAUUUUUGGGUCAUUCUGUGUAAAAUACUUGUUCUAUCAUUCUCUUUUU